AUGCUCCCGCGCGUGGGCUGCCUCUGGCUUCUUGCGUGUGUGUUUGUGUAUGUGUGUGUGUGGAUUGCUACUCUUGCUCCCUGCCGUUGUGUGCGCUGCCUCGCCGGCUGGCCGCAGCGGGUUUCUUGCGUUGCGGAGGCCGCGGGUCUCUCGCGUGAGGGGCCGGGCGUCGCUAGCGAAGCGGAGCAAAGCCAGCGCCGCGCGCGAAUGGCGGCCGGGCCGCCCGAGCGGCCGCGGGCCCCGGAGGAGGGGGGCGGCCCAUGCGUCUGCGGGGCGGUCAAGUACGUGUUCAGCCCCCGGCGGGCGGGGUGGGUGGCGACAAGCACGAACGUGCGGGUCCUGGCGCCGCACCGGGAAGCCGCCAGGGGCGGCAUGCGCGCCUGCUACGACGUGGAGGAGGUGGAGGAGGACGGCGGCAGGAUCCCGUGCGUUGCGAAGCUGUUCUUGCGGGACGUCUCCGACGUGGUGGAAAAGGACUACUUCGGCGAGGGCGAGGCGCAGUGCAUGUGCGAGGCGUUCGCCGAG